UGAAAUCAAAUCUCAUGGAAUCUGUGCGAUUGCUAAUUCUGGUAAAUCAUUUAGUUCAAAUAUAAGAACAACUUAAUACUCUUAACCAUAAUAUAUGCAAACAGCAUGGUAACAAACAUGGCUCCGGUUCAAAACGAUGGGAAAGAGGUGGUUAUGGAACACUUGAGACAGCUUUGAGUUUUCAAGGUGGCCAAUGAAACAGGGAAACCUCGGGUCUGGUGAGAUUAUGUCACUAAUUUUCAGAUCAUAUGUCCCAUGAAGGAGAAGAAAUACAACAAAGAACUUGCAAAUCUAUAUUUUAAAAGUACAUUACAAGUCUGUAGCGGUGACCUUUCUACAUCAUAGAUCAUGACACUUGCAUCAGUGAGUUCUUAUGAACUUGCAGCUCUAUAUUUUAAGAAUACAUUACAAGUUCCAAUGCCACACCGUUCAGUCACAACCGGUGCCAUCAAAACAAAUUUGCUCAAACGUCACAUGUGACUUCACAGUCAACACCCCUUACGUCGGGACAAGAAAAACUUCCCUGGAGAUCGCGACGGUUGGGAGAUCGUCCGGGACAAGAAAGCUUCCCUGGAGAUCGCGACGGUUGGGAGAAACCAUUAAGGGGUUUACUAGAAGGGCUUAAAGGCAAAGCAUCCGUGACUGGUAGAAGAAUGAAGAACUUUGGUGUGGGAGAAACGAGUGGGACAUCGUUUGAACGGUAUGGUCCGGUGCACGGCGGAUAUAUCGGAACAUGAUUGCUCGUAUUUUUUGUCACAGGGUAUUGCAAAGAUUUCGAGCUGUUGUAAUAUGAAAUGGGUAGUUAUGUGUUCUCCUACCUGUAUGGUGGCUUAUACUCCAUGGAGAUUCUAUGAUUCAGUGGACACCACUAAUGAGCCAAGCUCAUGCUUGCUACCCCGGGGAAUGAGGAGAGAAGUGUCGCACAAGGUCUACGAAGAGGAAAAUAUGAGGAGGACAUAUAAAGAAGAACGAAACCUUGAAGACAUUAGCACAGAUUUCAUGAGAUUUGAUUUCACUUCGUUACAAGAUGCCACAAGUCAAUUUUCAAUCGAGAAUAAACUUGGAGAAGGUGGAUUUGGGGCAGUUUAUAAAGUGUAUUUAAGAAGGUGAAAUCGAAAUUGGAUUUGAAAGCAUAGAAUUGGAGAUUCCAACUUAACAAACAAAGCUUUCUAUUUUCUCUAUAAGAGACGAAGAAGGAACCGAUGGACGCGUUGACAAAACACUCGUUCUCUUUUUUGUUAACGGCCACGGCCUUUUUUCUUUCCUUUUUUUCUUUUUUUUUAAUUUUGUUUCCAUUUUUUAUUAAUCCUACAUGGCAAAAUAAUUGGUGUUAAGAGUCGAAGUGAAUUU